CACUCAAACCUUUUGUGCAAUAAAAUCGUAAUUCCCUUUUUUAAAUAUAUUAUUGGCGAGUAGGAUGUGCGCAUCGUUUAUUAGUAGCUAUGCUUGUAACAUGUUGAAACAAAAAUUAUCAUUUGAGUAAAAAGAACAUUCAAUAUAACUCCACAAUGCUUGCUUGCUUUUGAGGAAGCAGUGACACAAUACAUUUGGGUUAUAGAAGAUAAACUGUAUGUGGAUCAUGCUUUCACGCAGAGCAAAUUAUUUUCAAGUGCUCUGUAUGUUAAUGUUUUUCGUUGGCCGUUGUCCUUUAGUCUUUGGUAAUAAAACAAAGCUUGUUAUUGCUGGCAUCUAUACAAAAACACAUAACAGGUCAAGUGAGGAAGUCAAUUGCUCUGUUAAACGUGCUUUGGAACUUAUAAAUAAUAGUUCAUCUUUGCUAAGAAACUAUGAUUUGGAAAUUGUUUGGAAAUACUCCGAGUGUGAAAAUGAUUAUGGGAUGAAGGCAUUAAUGGAACACAUCAUCGAGUCUCCUCCAAAUAAGAUAGCUUUCCUUGGACCAGCUUGCUAUGCAGCAGCCGAAUUUUGGUGUAUAGCACUUCGACACUUGAACUUAAUUCAGAUCCCGUUCGGUUUGAUGACAUCGCGAUUUUCAAACAGAAAAAAUAAAUUUCCCAACAUCUGCGUCAAUCCGUCAAGAACUCUUGUCAAUGUCAAACUGACACUUAAAAAAGUUUUCCGUUGGACUCGUGUUUUCAUUGUAGAACAGCGUGCUGAUGAAUUCUGGUUAUGUCCAAAAAUAACAAAGAAGAAGAAACUCUGCCUGGCUAAAAAAAACGAAGAAAUGGUUAUUAGUUCUUUAAAGGAAAGUGAUGCUAGAAUUAUAGUUCUAAAUAUGGCACAAUCACACGCUGAGAAAUUUUUAUGUGAGGCUUUUAAAAGAAGUUUUAAUGAUUCUGAGACUGUGUGGAUACUGCACAAUUCAUGCAAAACAAAAACGUGGGCCUUAGAAAAUACCAGCUGUACAGUUGACGAUGUGAAACAAUUCGCUAAGAACUUGCUUUAUAUUGGUCGUGAUUGUGACUUUAAAUGGAAAGGGAACAAUAUAGGCAAGGUAACAACAAUGGAAAAGAAAAAUUGCCGAGAAGCUGAGAAUAAUUACGCUUAUCAUGCAAUUGAACUCCUUGCACAAGCUUUGAACGGUACUGAAGAAGAGCUAGAACGUGUCAAUGAAUCGCUGAAAGAGUUCACAUACGCUUCAUCUCAUAUCACUGCGAUCAUUUUGAGAAAGUUGGAAAGUUUGACAGUGGGAAACAAUGCAAAAUUGUGGAUAAAACAGAUGCAAAAUAACACAUUCGUAAAGAUUGCUUGGUGCGAAAAUAAACGAAAGAAAUGCAAAGAUCUAAAUAAUGCCGUGUGGGCAGGAGGAGUUUUGCCUUCAGACGGAAAACAUGAAGAAUUCAUUCCAUGCAUUUCAAAAGAAGUAUUUUGGUCAGCAACAGGAGCAUCAAUCGUCGGCAUUUUAACAGCUAUAUUUUUUCUCUGGAUAAACAACAGGAAAUCUUCACAGCAGUACGAUGUACUCAAGAUGUCUACGCCACCAUUAAAUAAUCUCAUGCUGCUUGGAGCAGUUCUUGCAUACAUUUUUAUUCCAAUAAACGGAAUGACGAAAUGUACCAAGAAAAGAUUGUCUUUUAACACUUCUGUUUGCAAGGUGGAAGUUUUCCUGAUGACCAUCGCUUUUUCCUUGUUGUUUGGUGCAAUUUUUAUGAAAACAUGGAGAAUCUACAGAAUAUUUACGAAUACAAAACUUUCCAAAAAGCUGCGGUUUUUGACCAACAAAUAUUUGAUAAUGAUGGUGGCUUUAUUGGUUCUCUUUGAUUUGUUGUACUUAUUUUCAUGGAACUUCAUACAUCCUUUAGAAGAUAAUGUAACGAAACAUGUUCUUCCUCGUGAGCACAAAAAAGCCUCCAAAAAAAAUUUGUUUAUCCACGAGUGCACAUCUUCCUACUUUGAAAAAUGGUAUACAGGUCUUAUGCUUUACAAAGGUCUGCUCAUCGUCUUUGGAAUCUUCAUCACUUGGGAGACUCGAAACGUUUCGUUUCCUGGUUUGAAUGAUUCCAAGUACAUUGGCAUGUGUGUAUACAACAUUUUCAUGACGACUGUCGUCAUUUUGCCGCUCAAGAUGUUGGCCUUCGAGACUGACGUUAAUAUUAGUUACAUUAUUCUUACUUCAAGUAUCCUGUUGUGCACGACUCUAACUCUGGUUCUUAUGUUCUUCCCAAAGAUUUAUCCAGGAAAGACGCCGAAUGAGACUUCAAAAGCAACGACACUAAACAUUAAGAACGGAGUUGUUGUCAUGGAGGAAGUUGCUCAUGUGCCGAAAUCCUCGCUACCAGAAAAAAAUCAUUGAAGUGUUCGAUUGCAUUUUGGAGAAUCUAGUCGAUAGCUAAUUCUUACUUUUCUGUGAUUUGUAGUUAAACAUUUACUGAAGUCGCUAUUUGCUUGAAAUAAUGAAAGUCUGCAUAAUAUGGUAGAUUACAAUGCACAUGGUACUUAAUACCACGUUGUUAAUAACAUAGAAUUAUACCAUUAAAAAAACAAAACUCA